AUGGUUAAUAUAGGCAAGAACUCCAAGCGGACGCCCGUCCGUCUACGACACAAGAUUGAAAAGGCUUCUGCGGCCAAGCAAAGGAAGCAGAAGAAGCUUGCGAAGAAGGAUCCUACAUGGCGCUCCAAGAUCAAGAAGGACCCCGGUAUCCCCAACCUCUUCCCGCACAAGGAUAAGCUGCUUCACGAUAUCGAGGAACGCAAGCGGUUGAAGGCGGAGGAGCAGCAGCGGAUUCGCGAUGAGGCUCGUGAGCGUCGCGCCGCCCUGAAGGCUCAGUCGGGUCAGAGUGCCGAGGUGAUUGACGGUCAGAUCCAGCAGGAUAUCGACAGCGAUGGCAUGGAUGACGACGAUAUGGAUGAGGAUGGAGACUCUUCGAACCCCAUGGCUGCGCUGCUGGCGUCUGCGCGGGCGAGAGCGGCCGAGUAUGAGGAUGAGGACGACGAGAUGGACGAGGACGACGAUGAAGACAUGGAUGCGAUGGACGAUGACGACGAGGAGGAGGAUGGCGGUGCGGCUCUGGAUGGCGACGAGGCCCCUCAGCUUGUCUCGCAGCCUAACACCAAGGAGACCUCGCGACGACAGUUCGACAAGGUGUUCAAGCAGGUCAUUGACAAUGCCGAUGUCGUUCUGUACGUGCUGGAUGCUCGGGACCCCGAGGGCACUCGCUCCAAGGACGUCGAGCGCGAGAUCAUGUCCGCCGCUGCGGGAACCAAGCGAUUGAUCCUCAUCCUCAACAAGAUCGAUCUCGUGCCCCCGCCCGUGCUGAAGGACUGGUUGAUCCACCUGCGUCGAUACUUCCCGACCCUGCCGCUCAAGGCGUCCAACGGCACCGCCAACGCUCACAGCUUCGACCACAAGCAGCUGACCGUCAAGGGCACCUCGGACACGCUCUUCAAGGCCCUCAAGUCCUUCGCGCAGACCAAGCAGCUGAAGCGCUCCGUCUCCGUCGGUGUCAUCGGCUACCCCAACGUCGGCAAGUCCUCCGUCAUCAACGCCCUCACGGCCCGCCUCAACAAGGGCUCCAGCAACGCCUGUCCCACCGGCGCCGAGGCCGGCGUCACCACUAGCCUCCGCCAGGUGAAGCUCGACAGCAAGCUCAAGCUCAUCGACUCGCCGGGUAUCGUGUUCCCCAACGCCGGCGAGAAGAGCACCAACAAGAAGAGCAACAAGAAGAAGCAGGAUGAGCACGCUCGUCUCAUCCUCCUCAACGCCGUGCCCCCCAAGCAGAUCGAGGACCCCGUUCCCGCCGUCAAACUCCUCCUGAAGCGCCUCUCCACCACCGAGGGCCUUCUCCAGAAACUCCUCAACCUCUACGGUAUCCCCGCCCUUUUCCCUACCGGCGGCGACCAGGUCAAUGACUUCCUCAUCCACGUCGCCCGCAAGCGCGGCCGUCUCGGCAAGGGCGGUAUCCCCAACAUCGACGCCGCCGCCAUGACCGUCAUUAACGACUGGAGAGACGGCCGUAUCCAGGGCUGGGUCAACGCUCCCGUCCUGCCGGUCGUCACCACGACAGAGGGCGCCGCGGCCACGGAGGUCGGUCCCGGUGUGGACACGAGACAGAUCGUCACGGAGUGGGCGAAGGAAUUCAAGAUCGAGGGAUUGUGGGGGAAUGGGGAUGAUGAGAUGGCUGAGUAG